GAGCCACUAGCAUCCUUUUCCUUCGACCCCUUCUCCAUCCUCUCUUAAAACCUUCCGGCCACUUCUCACUCCCUCACUCCACCACUUCCAUCCUGCGGAGCAAGAUAAGCGCAUAGAGUCAAAGAUGUCCGACGACAAAAAGGGCCGCCGCGCCUCCCCCGGGCGCCUCCUCGUCACCUCCCUCCUCCUCUUCCUUCUUCUAGCUGGCAUCACCGCCCUUGUUCUCUACCUCGUCUACCGCCCCUCCAAGCCCCGCUUUACCGUCAGCGCAGCCGCAAUCUACGACAUCUCCAACGCCUCGUCGCAGGCCAACGCCAUCUCCACCAGCAUGCAGUUCACCCUGGUCAUCCGCAACCCCAACGACCGCGCCUCCGUCUUCUACGACCGCCUCUCCGCUUACGUGUCCUACCGCAACCAGCCCAUCACGCCACCCGCCGCGCUACCGCCCAUGUUCCAGGAGAAGGACAGCACCAUGGCCAUCUCGCCGGUGCUCGGCGGCGGGUUCGUGCCAAUAUCGGGGGACGUCGCGGCAGGGCUGGCCACCGACCAGGCCUACGGGGUGGUGGGGCUGAGGCUGGUGCUGCUGGGGCGGCUGAGGUACAAGUCGGGCCCCUUCCGCAGCAACUGGAAUGGGAUGUACGUGCGAUGCGACAUGCUCACCGGAUUCAGGAAGGGUGUUACCGGGCCGGUGCCGCUGCUCGGUGAACCGGAGUGCAAGGUCGAUACCUGAGUCCAAUGGCUCCUCUCGCAUGCUCAAGCUCUGUGUACCAGAGACCGUCUCUCUUUACCUUUCUCUUUCUUCUUAUGUAAGAAGCAGCAGUGUCUGGACUGUCGUGUACUGUGUGCUAAGUGUAUCAGUAGUUAAAGCAAACUUGGUUUCAUUAGGGAAAAAGCUCA